AUCGAACAUUUCAUCGAACUGACUGCCCAGACUAGACUGACAGCUGGUACACAAUAUUUUGAUGUCGUGUUUGCAUUGUUUACUUACAAUAAAUAACUAUAAAAUAUUAAAAUUCUAAUUUCUUGUAAUAACAAGUCUCAUUUCAUGUAGUCUGAUAAACAUUCGAUUUUAAUACUUUUAUUCAAUAAUGGAUGACGAUGAUUACUGGAAUACAAGUGAAACAAAAGCGCAGGCACUGAGUUUCGACGAUGAUGUUUUAUCAGCUCAAGAGAUUAUAGCAAUUGGUCAAACACCAUCAAUAGGUAAAACUGAAGAUAGCAUUUUCACUAACAGUAACGUGAAGAGUGUGCUAUUGCCGUUGUCCAGUCUUGUAUCACCUAAAGUACUAGAUUUAAUCCUUCUAGCUCAAUCUGGAAAAGACCCAAAUAAAGUAACGAAGUUGGAAUCUGAAGAAACUGUUGCGGUGACACUCAAGAGAUUGGUUCUUGGGCGGAGCUGUACCCUACAUGUCCAUAGAAGUAUUAAGAGCAAAAAGGAGUUACUUGAUGGUGCAAUUGCCAUUGGUGAUGGGAAUGCAAUACUGAGUGUAGUACUGUUUUUAAUCCAGACUCUGAACAAAAAAUUAGUAUAUGAAUUACUAUCUUCUCGCCCAUUAGCUUUGAAUCACUAUAUAAGUUUCUUGCAAAAUGAGGGGAAGGUCACUGAAUUGACAGAUUUACUUACAAUGCUGGGAAGGAGUUCAGAAGCUGCAAUUUACCAAUUCCAACAUUACGUGAAGACUCAAGGCAACAACGUUGACGGCUUAAUAAGGAAAAUGUCAAACUUGUUAGCGAAUUAUUUCAACCAGCCCGCUGUGGAUGCACAACAGUCAAAAUUAGUCGCUGAUUAUGUUAAACUAUUAGAAUGGCAGAAAUAUGUCAACAAACAAGAACUGAACAAUAUGUCGCCGUUAUACUGCCUGGCAUAUUGCUGUACCCACCACUGGCACGAGACAGCUGGUAAUAUGAUGUCUCCAAUGACUGUCUGUCAGCGGCAACAGAUCACUCCACUACAGUAUGACUGGGUUGUGCUGAAUGUACAUGCAAAAUUACACAAAUGGGAUGUGGUCGAGUCACUAUUUACGAAAAAGGAUUGGCUAGGCCGAACCACAGUAUCGUCGCAUAUUCCAAUAGAAACUUUACUAGGCCGAUUGAGCGAGUUACAAGCUAGUUCGAGACUUAUGGCCACGUGCGUGAACAAAGUGGCCGGUGCGGACGAUAGACUGAGAUUGGCUCAGAUGUAUAAGAUACAUUCUGUCGUUAUUGAGAUAUUUGCCAAGCAAAAAGAUAGGAUAGCAUUAACGGGUUACAAGAUGACGCUCAAUCCACAGUCUGAAGAAUACAUAUUAGCUGAAAAUACCCUGAGGGAUAUGUCUAUCAAAUGGAAAAACUAGUAUAGAACUAAUAGUGGAUGAAGUGGCAAUCCCCAGCAGCUGUCGUUGGUAAAUUCAUGGGCUUCUAUAGACUUAUAGGAACUCGUGGUAAUCCGAUUGACUAUUUAUUUAUUUAUUUUGUCUGUUGUAUUGUUUUUACUUAAUUACAUAAGAACAUGGUUAUUAUGAAAUCAAAAUAUACAAUACUUACCUGUAUUAAGGAAAAGUAAUAUGUAUAUAAAAAACAAUUUUUAUAUUUUGCAACUAUUUGUUAUAAAAAUAAAUAAAGACUGAUAUGGUC